AUGUCUUCGAGACGGGGCCCGUUAACCAACAACCCGAAUGUUGCCAACUCACCUCUCCGUGGGGUUUCUGCGCUGGCUGGGUAUGCUAAGCAGAAGCGCUCCUACGCUACCGUCCAGCGUGAGGAAACCUAUGGCCAGCCGCCGCCUCUAAAGAAACAGGUCCUCGAUAAUGGCGUGCAGCGCCCGGUUCGAUCACCAACCAGGUCAACCCGGACCCAGGUUCUGGUCCAACGCGGCACUACGCGUCCUUCGACAAAGGAAAGAUCCUCCAGAACCGCCCCGACAAACGUAGCCCGUGAUAUGGAUAAUGAGAAGGAAGCAUGGAAGAAACACCACCGUGCCAAGUUCCCCAAGAUGGUUUUUUAUUUCGAGAGCAUACCCGAUGACGUUCGUGCGAGGUUAACAAAGAAAGUCACCUAUCUUGGUGCUCAACAAGAACCUUUCUUCUCCAUCUCAGUCACCCAUGUCGUCACUACUAGAUCAAUUCCACCAGAGAGGCCAGAGGGACAUCAGGAACAGGAACACAAUCAUCGCGAUGACCACCACGAAUCCGAAGAACAGCCCCAAACUAUCAACCCGUCGUUAUUGAAUCGCAAUACCGAAGCACGAAGGAAACUUCUGUCCGAGUUCCGCAACGCUCCCGCAAGGACGCAGCAAAUUGACGACCCCACGAAGCGAACCAGAGGAACCAGGAACAAUGAUGUGUUACACAAGGCUCGUGAGAUGGGCAAGAAGAUCUGGUCCUUGGAAAAGUUCCAGAACAUGUUGUCUGUUUUGCUCGAGGUUGAGACGAGCCAUGCCUCGUAUAACUCGAGAUCCGCAAGCACUCGAAGUCAUUAUGGCAAUCCCCGAGAGCCCAACCUGCUCCAGCUGUUGCAUAAUGAACGCGUGAAUGGACCUUCAGACCGUGAUCCGACCGCUGUCCAUCGCGAGUUGACCUAUUUUAAGGGCCCUCAUAUCUAUGUGUGGGAUAUGGAUGAGAAGAACAAGCCUAUCAUGGUUCGUGAAUACCCCAAGGUUACGAACAAGUCAGAUGGAGAGUGGCCUCAGUUCCGAAGUGUUGGAAACGGUAGAUGUCCCUUUGUGGAAGAUCACGAUGUCCCCGACAAGGAUCACCGACGGCAACGAGAGCAAGAAAAGGCUCGACAAGCCAAGCGAGAGGAAGCCGCUCAUGCCAUUAAGCCGCCUCAGGUUUCAAUGCCGAAGCCGGUAACAGGAAAGCGAACUAUCGCCGAGAUGGAAGAGGGCCAGAACAGGAUUCGUGGUGCAACACCCACCGAUGUAUUCAACCCGGUCAAGGUGGCCAUGUCGAAGCAGGUGGAUGUGCGACCGCAAAAUGCAUUUACAAGCCGUGCUGCCGCUGGUCGUCUUUUUGCUGGCGAGCCCGUCGCAUCCGGCGUGCAACCAUCAAACAUUACUUCUGCUAUUCGCUCGCAGAUGAUCUCCUCGACAUCUGGUGUCAACGGUGCCAAGGCUGGAACCAGCAAAGAAGUUCACGGCCUUCAGAGAAAGGUGCUGCAGAAGGCUGCUCCUGCUUCGUUUGAUGUGAGCUCGCGUCGUCUAGCUGAAGUGUCAAUGGAUGUUGCGUCUAGUCGAUCAACAACGAUGGGUCGACACACGUCACGACCCGCUGAGGUGCAAGAGGAGGAAGCUCAAAAGACUGAGCGAAGGACACAGUCCCAACCACUUAAGAGUAAAAAGGACCUCAAGCCCGGUUACUGCGAGAACUGCCAGGACAAGUUCCGCGAUUUUGACGAGCACAUUCUAUCACGAAAACAUCGAAAGUUUGCUGAGAACGACGACAACUGGCUUGAACUUGACUCUCUUCUAUCACAGAUCAAGAGGAUGCCAAAGUACGCACCCGGAUCUGACGAGGAGGAAGCAUGGUAA